AUGCGGUGGGUAGCUGCACUCAUCGUGAUUGCCGCCAGCGCCCCACUUCCCCUCGAUGGAUGGUACAACUGUGCGUACUACACGUUUAGCCAACGGCGCCGCCUUGCCGAUGCAAACGCGGCAGCCCACCCUCGUGGUUUCCACAGCAUGCGCGGUUCCCCAUGGGCAUCGUCGUACCACGUCACCAAACAUGCCGCGAUCGGAAGCACACAACGCAGCGCGACUGCGUCAGCCGCGUCGACGUCGACUCCUUCUGCUCAGUGCGCUACGUUUGCCGUCCCGUUGUGCCAUCCCGGUGUCUGCACCAGUUCAAAAACCAUCGACGUGUUUGUCAAGCGCAUUCCGGCGGCGGGAAGCGCGACGUCCGUUUGGCUUGUACAAGGGGGACCUGGGGCAUCGAGUGUGGCCAUGGAAGGAUUUAUGCUCGACUGGUUCAUCCGAAUGAACGGAAAGGUGUCUGUAUACACGAUCGACCACCGAGGCACGGGGCGCAGCGAAUGGCUAGGAUGCGACGCCACUCAAGCGGAGACUGCCGGGAGCGAUGGCGGCGCUCCUGUCACGGUGUCCGAGCUCCCCGACUGCUUGCGGUCGAUGCAACGGCGCUAUGACUACCAACCGGCCGCAUUUUCCAUCACGAGCGCCGCCAACGACGUUGCCGCUGUCAUCUCGUCGCUUGGCGAGACUUCUGCGUACGUUUACGGCGUCAGCUACGGCACCGCGGUCGUGUCCCGCGUCAUGCACUUUAGUCCGUCCGUCGUCCGAGGAUUCAUCCUGGAUGGGGUCCAGUCGGAAGCGUUCCCGACCUGGAUCGACGCACCGACGUUUACCAACUGGGACCGCGACUUUAGCGAUGUCGCUGACAGGUUCCUCGACCUAUGUCACGACGAUGCGUUUUGCCGCUCCAAGUUUUCGACGUUGCGAGGAACGCUUCAGGUGCUGUAUGCUGACCUUGACAGCGGGAAGCACAACUGCACAGCGUUUGUAAAGUCGCUUGGAAACGACGACAUUGCGCCGUCCAACAUUUUGCGAGCGCUUUUCGGGUCUUUCUUCCCCGACAUGGCCAUGCGACUCCUCGUCCCUGUGUUCAUCUACCGCCUCCGUCGGUGCACUGCCAAUGACAUGGACGUCAUGACGUUUGCACUCAUUCGAGUGUACGGCGACUCGGAAGGUGGUGGGGGCGGCGAUCCCCCCGAUGUCGACGCGCCAGACUCGUCCAUGUUGUACAAGACGAUCGUGUUCUCUGAACUAUGGCAGCGCCCUUCGCCCGGUCUCAUGGACCUCUACCAAGUCUUCGCCAACUCGACCAUGAGCAGCGGUAUCUACUCCCAGGUCCUUGAGUACUGCCUUUUUGCUGGCGUCGUCGCGGCCGAGCAAAGUUGCGUCGAUCUUGGAACGAUGCUCCCGACCACCGCGUCCGCCACCAACUUCACGUACACCCCUGAUACGUACUUUAAUGUGACUGCUACGAUCCCGCCGCACACGUCGGUGCUCGUCCUGAGUGGGAAGCUCGAUCCCCAAACGCCACACAAGUACGCCGAAGACCAGUUCCAACGAAUGGCUGGGACGGCGAAGCGCAUGUUUGCCUUUGAGUACGCUGCCCAUGGCACGAUCGCGACGACCCCCGUGAUCACUCCGAACCACCCAACGUGCGCUGUGUCCCUGAUCCUGUCGUACGUCCAGAAUCAAGGCGACUUAGACGCGAUCGACACGUCGUGCGUCGCCCGCGUUCAGCCACUGGUGUUUGAGUGGACCUCUACCGCUGCCAAGGAUGCAUUUAACGUCACAGAUGCGUACGAUGGUAUCGUUGGGGAAGACGCACCUCGUCCAAAACCGACGACUGCUGCCCCCACCGAACGUCCUGACAACACACAAACGUCGUACUUGACGGGUGUCGUUGUCGCCUGCGCAUUGCUGGGUGUGCUUUCAAUUACCCUUGUCGUACUGCUUCGCAUGCUCCACCAGCUCGCGCGGCGGGACACAGUCAGCAACAUUGCGGUCCAAGCGUGA